CAAAAACCCCAAACCCCAACAACAAAACAAAGGGGGGGGAAAGGGAAGAAAAAAGAAGAGGUUAAAGAACUUAAAGUCAAGACAGGGAAGACGGGAGUCUGUUAGCUAUGCAAUCACUGCAGAAGGGAGGGGCAGAGUGUGCACCAGCUGCUGGAGUGUGCAUUAACUGCUGGAACGGAGGGGGUGGAAGAAGUUUUCAAAGAAGUUUUCGGCGUUUUAAAACGGCCUUGAGAAAUCUGAAUGACUCUAUCUUAAAGACAGCAGCUUCCGAGUUACUUUUAUUCUUACACGCUGUGAGAUUCCAUAAGAGGCAGAGAGACUGAACCACCAAGCUUCCAGCCAGGUGCGUGGCACAGUGAUUCCCACGGCGGCCCAGCCCCAGUGCGUGGGGUUACGUAGCCAGUAUCCUGCGAUCUGACUGGUUGUUCGCGGAGGUAGGUGGGGCUUCUGACUCACCAGUUUCCUGAGCGCUGAUUAGUUACAGGCGAAGGGGCACAGUGCCCUUAGUGGAGCUCUGUGAGUUACCUAGGACUCGAGACCCGGGGUCCUAUCAGUGUGCACCGGCCGGAGGAAGGCGGGACUAAGCCAGAACCGCCCACAGGAAGUGGUGUCAUCAUGUUGCUGAUGCCCCAACUGAGGCACAGAAAGGUGAAGUGACUUCAAGUCACAGCUGACCGAGGAUUAACUCCAAGGCAGUGUGGCUGCAGAAGUCAGUUUUGCCCUCCACAUUAAGUGCCCUGAAGUCUGUUACGGAGUCGACAAAACCACAUGGAUAACUGAAUCCCUGGAUAGGACACGUUGUCUCAAAAGAGACUGUAAGGUACCAAGUGGGCAUUUCUAGCCCCAGAACGUAGGAGUUAAGCCUGUGGACUGCAGCAUGUUGCAGAAAGUGCUGAUCAGAUCCCAGCUUUGCAGGUUGUGUCAUUUUAGGAAGACGCAAGCAGCUCCAAAAUACAAACCUCUUCCAGCAUGCUGUGCUUAUACAACCGAUAGACAGUCAGACCAAGAAAACAAAACAACAGUGGAAAAACUCUCUACAUUUUUAGUUGACGUUAGGAAAAUUCGUAGAGUAAAAGGAUGGGUACUUCUAGAAGAUGAGACCUAUGUUGAAGAAACUGCAAGUUUUUUAAAAGAAUUGGGUGCCAGCAAGACUGUGAUAGGCAGUAUUCUAGAACGCUGUCCAGAAGCCAUUGUCUGCUGUCCAGCUGCCGUGGACACUGAAAAGAAACUCUGGCAGUCAGUCUGCAAAAACAAGGAAGAGUUGAUCAGGUUAAUAGAGCAGUUUCCAGAAUCUUUCUUUACUGUCAAGGACCAAGAGAACCGGAAACUGAAUGUUGAGUUCUUUCAAGAGCUAGGACUCAAGAAUGUGGUCAUCAGCAGGUUUCUGAUCACUGCAUCUGCUAUUUUUCAAAAUCCUGUUGAGAAGAACAAGCAGAUGAUACGGAUCCUCCAAGAGAGUUACCUAAACCUGGGCGGCUCGCAGGCCAACGCCCGCGUUUGGUUACUAAAAUUACUAAGCCAAAAUCCAUUUAUUUUGUUAGAUUCUUCUGAAGCUGUAAAGGAAACACUCAAAUUUCUUCAAGAGCAAGGUUUCACAAACUUGGAAAUGCUUCAACUUCUAUCCAAACUCAAAGGAUUUCUUUUUCAACUUCACCCAGGAAGUGUACAGAACAGUAUUUCCUUCUCUAAAAAUGCUUUUGAAUGCACAGAUCAUGACCUAAGGCAAUUAGUUGUGAACUGUCCAGCUCUCUUAUAUUAUCCUGUUCCAGUUUUAGAAGAGAGAAUUCAGGGACUACUGAAAGAAGGCGUUUCCAUAGCACAGAUAAGAGUGUCACCAAUGGUUCUUGAGUUAACACCACAGAUAGUUCAAUACAGGAUAAAGAAGCUGAAUUCUUUAGGCUACAGAAUAAAGGAUGGAAACUUAUCUAAUCUAAUUGGAACAAAAAAGGAGUUUGAGGCUAACUUUGGCAAAAUGCAGGCCAAAAAAGAAAGGCCAUUAUUUAACCCUGUGGCACCAUUAAAUGUUGAAGAGUGACAUACCGACAGUUGGCGUAUUUCUAGCAGGCUCAUAAGCACUAAUGAUUUUAUUUUUUUAUUUUUGGUCUUUUUUGAGACAGGGUCUCCCUGUAGCCCCAGCUGGCCUGGAACUCACUAUGUAGACCAGGCUGGCCUUGAACUCACAGAGAUCUGCCUGCCUCUGCCUCCUGAGUGCUGGGAUUAAAGGCGUGCGCUGCCAUGCCCAGCAGCACUAGUGAUUUUAAAAACCUACUUACCUUCUGAGUUGUGUUUACCUCUUCAUUAAAUUUUAAAAUAAAAAUGUUUAAAUAAGGUUCA